GUGGUUUCAGCGCGCGCAGCAUGGCUGUGGUCAUCCGUUUGCAAGGUCUCCCAAUUGUGGCGGGGACCAUGGACAUUCGCCACUUCUUCUCUGGAUUGACCAUCCCUGAUGGGGGCGUGCAUAUUGUAGGGGGUGAACUGGGUGAGGCUUUCAUCGUUUUUGCCACUGAUGAAGAUGCAAGGCUUGGUAUGAUGCGCACAGGUGGUACAAUUAAAGGGUCAAAAGUAACACUAUUGUUGAGUAGUAAAACGGAAAUGCAGAAUAUGAUUGAACUGAGUCGUAGGCGGUUUGAAACUGCCAACCUAGAUAUACCACCAGCAAAUGCUAGUAGAUCAGGACCACCACCUAGCUCAGGAAUGAGUGGCAGGGUAAACUUGCCUACAACAGUACCCAACUUUAAUAAUCCUUCACCAAGUGUAGUUACUGCUACCACUUCUGUUCAUGAAAGCAACAAAAACAUACAGACAUUUUCCACAGCCAGCGUAGGAACUGCUCCUCCAAGUAUGGGGGCUUCUUUUGGGAGCCCAACAUUCAGCUCGACCAUUCCAAGUACAGCCUCUCCAAUGAACACAGUCCCACCACCACCUAUUCCUCCGAUCCCAGCAAUGCCAUCUUUGCCACCAAUGCCAUCCAUUCCCCCAAUACCAGUUCCUCCUCCAGUACCUACAUUGCCCCCUGUGCCUCCUGUGCCCCCGAUUCCACCAGUCCCUUCUGUGCCACCCAUGACCCCACUGCCACCCAUGUCAGGCAUGCCACCCUUGAAUCCGCCACCCGUGGCACCUUUACCUGCUGGAAUGAAUGGCUCUGGAGCACCUAUAAAUCUGAACAAUAACCUGAACCCUAUGUUUUUGGGUCCAUUGAAUCCUGUUAACCCUAUCCAGAUGAACUCUCAAAGCAGCGUGAAGCCUCUUCCCAUCAACCCUGAUGAUCUGUAUGUCAGUGUUCAUGGAAUGCCCUUUUCUGCAAUGGAAAAUGAUGUCAGAGAAUUUUUCCAUGGGCUCCGUGUUGAUGCGGUGCAUUUAUUGAAAGAUCAUGUAGGCCGAAAUAAUGGGAAUGGAUUGGUUAAGUUUCUCUCCCCUCAAGAUACAUUUGAAGCUUUGAAACGAAACAGAAUGCUGAUGAUUCAACGCUAUGUGGAAGUUAGCCCUGCCACAGAGAGACAGUGGGUAGCUGCUGGAGGACAUAUCACUUUUAAACAAAGUAUGGGACCUUCUGGACAAACCCAUCCCCCUCCUCAGACACUGCCCAGGUCAAAAUCGCCCAGUGGGCAGAAAAGGUCAAGGUCAAGAUCACCACAUGAGGCUGGUUUUUGUGUUUACUUGAAAGGGCUGCCAUUUGAAGCAGAAAACAAACAUGUCAUUGAUUUUUUUAAAAAGUUGGAUAUUGUGGAAGAUAGUAUUUAUAUAGCUUAUGGACCCAAUGGGAAAGCAACUGGUGAAGGCUUCGUAGAGUUUAGGAAUGAGGCUGACUAUAAGGCUGCUCUGUGUCGUCAUAAACAAUACAUGGGCAAUCGCUUUAUUCAAGUUCAUCCAAUUACUAAGAAAGGUAUGCUAGAAAAGAUAGAUACGAUUCGAAAAAGACUCCAGAACUUCAGCUAUGACCAGAGAGAAAUGAUGUUAAAUCCAGAGGGGGAUGUCAACUCUGCCAAAGUCUGUGCCCACAUAACAAAUAUUCCAUUCAGCAUUACCAAGAUGGAUGUUCUGCAGUUUCUGGAAGGAAUCCCAGUGGAUGAAAAUGCAGUACAUGUUCUUGUUGAUAACAAUGGGCAAGGUCUAGGACAGGCAUUGGUUCAGUUUAAAAAUGAAGAAGAUGCACGUAAGUCUGAACACUUACACCGUAAAAAACUUAAUGGGAGAGAAGCCUUUGUUCAUGUAGUUACCCUAGAAGAUAUGAGGGAGAUUGAGAAAAAUCCCCCUGCUCAAGGAAAAAAGGGCCUAAAGAUGCCUGUGCCGGGUAAUCCUGCAGUACCAGGAAUGCCCAGUGCAGGAAUGCCUAGUGCUGGAAUGCCUGCUGCAGGCAUGCCCACUGCUGGUAUGCCUGCUGCGGGCAUGCCCGGCGCUGGCAUGCCCGCUGCGGGCAUGCCUUCUGCAGGAAUGCCUGCUGCGGGAAUGCCUGGCGCUGGCAUGCCUGCUGCGGGCAUGCCUGGUGCGGGAAUGCCCGCUGCAGGACUGCCUGGUGCGGGCCUGCCUGCUGCGGGAAUGCCUGGUGCAGGAAUGCCCAGUGCCGGAGGUGAAGAACAUGCUUUCCUGACAGUAGGAUCAAAGGAGGCCAACAAUGGACCUCCAUUUAAUUUCCCUGGUAAUUUUGGUGGAUCAAAUGCCUUUGGGCCACCACUGCCUCCUCCAGGAUUAGGAGGGGCCUUUGGUGAUGCUAGGCCUGGUAUGCCUUCAGUUGGAAACAGUGGUUUGCCUGGUCUAGGAUUGGAAGUUCCUGGUUUUGGAGGUGGACCGAAUACUUUAAGUGGGCCAUCGGGAUUUGGAGGGGCCCCUCAGAAUUUUGGAAAUGGUCCUGGUAGCUUAGGUGGCCCCCCUGGCUUUGGAAGUGGCCCUCCUGGUCUUGGAAGUGCCCCUGGGCAUUUGAGUGGACCGCCAGCCUUUGGCCCUGGCCCUGGCCCAAUCCAUAUUGGUGGUCCACCUGGCUUUGGAUCUAGUUCUGGGAAACCAGGACCUACAGUAAUUAAAGUGCAGAACAUGCCCUUCACUGUGUCUAUUGAUGAGAUUUUAGAUUUCUUUUAUGGCUAUCAAGUAAUCCCAGGCUCAGUGUGCUUAAAAUACAACGAAAAAGGUAUGCCCACGGGUGAAGCCAUGGUGGCCUUUGAAUCUCGAGACGAAGCCACAGCUGCUGUCAUUGACUUAAAUGACAGGCCUAUAGGCUCAAGAAAAGUAAAACUUGUAUUAGGAUAGCCAUUCACAUCAGUUCUUUAUAGGGUAGAUCUUCAUAUUGCUGUGUUCAAUGCAUCCAGAUUGUUUUCCUAGUAUUUUCAGGUUAGAACCUGUGGAUUGUUUCAAUUGCAUAUAGAUUGGUUUCCAUAACAAAAGCAUUGGUUGACUGUUUACAGCUCACUACCAGGAUGAACAUUGCUGUAUGUUACAGUAAAGUUAUCUGGAGAGAACACAAAAAUGAUUUUGGCAUACUAUUAGAGAAACCAUUUGUAAAAACUCAAUGACCACAUAAAGUUUAUCAAGGAGUCUAGAUUGGUUUUGUUUCAUAAUAUAUGGGAUGAAGAAAAUAGCAAUGUCAGUAGAGCUCAUUGAGGGUGCUCCUGCCAGCUACUAAAAUAUAGAAGUUGGCUACUCUUGGAAUUUGGUUUAAAGCUGGACAGAUGUGCUUUGUUAUAGGGUCAAAGCUUUGUCUAAAGUCUUCAUUUUCUUUUAAAAUUGAAUAAAAUCUCUGUAUACAGAUUCAUUGUAUGUACCUUUAUUGCUUCUUUGAGGAUUCUUGCUGUAUGGACAGUCCUGCUUCAGACGUUGCUGCUUUGCUUGCCUAAUUGACUCAUUUGUAAAUGAGCAGAACUGUUUUGUUGGGUUUUUUCUUUAAAUAUGAAACUCCACAAUUGGUUUGUGCUAUAACCCUGAACUUUUGAUUUCUAAUGACACACUUAAAACUGUGUGAAAUAAGACUUUUGCCAUAAAAAUAAACUAUGGAGUCCUCUACCUACCAGAGCCUUUUUGGUUUAACCGCCAAGUUUUAGUUUAGUAAGUUUAAAAAUUGUUUAUGUGGUUUGGGUGGCAUUGAAACCAGAAAAUACUUUUAGUAACCAGUGUUUAAGAUGAUUGUUCUAGCAAUUCCCUUUUGUCCCAACUUCAGUGAAAUUUUUGCCUGAAAGCAUACAAAGAGGGAUCUAUUCAUUAGAAAGAGCAUUAUAUUAAUCUAGUCUUUUAAAACUGAAGUUGAAAUUGUUAGCAAUACCAUUAUAGAAUAAAAGAUUCAUUAGCUGGUCCAGAGGUUUAUGUGUGUUUAAUCCUGUUAAUUUAGAGGCUUUUUGGUAUAGUUAUUUAAUCAGGAGCCUUGUUCUCAAAAAUUCUUUAUGCAGAGUAAAAGUUUAGCUGCCAGAGAGGAGCAAAUUAAGACUCCUUGCCCUUUUAUAUUCGUUUCUUGGGCAUUCAGGACACAUAGCUUCUGGUUGGUACGUGUCCUAGUCAUAAAAAUAUUUAUCUUGCAAUGUCCUGCUCACUGCCACAUAGCCUCUAUUUAGGGCUUUUUUCCCCCCUUAUAUCUAAAGAUAUGUCACAUUAUAUUGUUAAUGUACAGAAUGGAAGAUUGGAGAAUUAUCAUGAAAAACAAAUUUUUAUCUUUUACAUUGCUCUCUUGCCUUGGUUUAAAACAUCUCCAACGUUUCCUACAAAUCAAUGUACUUAUAGAGAUCUGACCUUUAAAAGAAGUAUAUCCUAUUAAAAAUUAUGUAGUGCCUUUUUGGUGUUGCAAAUCAGUAGAACACUGAAAUAAAGCGUCGCCCUUAAUUUAGAGUAGCAACAGUUUCACUUGUGAAGAUUGUGUACAAUCAGAGGAUGACAGUACAGGAAUUUUGUUUUAGGGAAAGGAUUGUUCAAACUCAAAGAAGAGUUGGCUGUGUUGUGGGUCUUUUUGAUAAUUCACAAACACAAAUUUGAUAUGAUAGAUCACUAGAUACUGCUUCCUCAAUUUAAAAAGCAAUAUAAUAUUUGUUUAUGCUGUUCAAUUUAAGCUGUUAAGUAAUCUUUUCUCAUUCCAAAGACAAUGGGAAAAACUUCAGUGCUGCUUGGGAGUCUUGUUUCAACCACAGAUUAUUUUCCCCGUUGGAAAGCUGACUAUUUUCAUUUUAGAAAAAAAAAAAAUGGGUUGUUUGAAGAUGAAAGUCCUUUUUUCACAAUUUAUUUUGGUUAAAUGUGCUCGUACAUUCUUAUUAAAUAUUUCAUACACUUUAUUGCACCUACUUUGUUAUUUCUACAUCUUAGGUAAAUGCUGAAAAGGAGAAUUUGAUUUCAUUGUUCAUCAAAUUAAAUAAAUUUAAUAGUGGUUUGUGUAGCAAUUGGAGAGAACUAUGUUUCAUAUUUCGUUGAGCCACAACAGUGUUUGUUGUGAAAUGUAAUUAAAUGCUUUGCUGUCUUGGAA